GAUGAUUGGUGGGGGGUAUGAGAAGAAUGGUCUGUACUACCUUCAGCCGUUCAAUCCUUCCAAGUUAUCUGCCUUCCACUCCACUACCACACCUUACCAGUGGCAUUGUUAUUUUGGACACCCAUCUUCUGCCAAUCUUCGCAAGAUAGUCCCUGAUUUACCUAAUUUUUCUCCUUUUAAUUGUGACACUUAUGAACUCAGUAAACAUCGUAGGGUUUCUUUUCCUUUAUGAGUUGAGUCACCUAGUUUAGAACCGUUUGCUUUAGUUCAUUCGGAUAUUUGGGGACCAUCUCGUACCAUAAGUUUAUGUGGUGCUUGCUAUUUUGUUACAUUUAUUGAUGGUUUUUCUCGUUUAACUUGGGUAUAUCUUCUCAAAGAUCGGUCUCAAUUAUUUUAUGUGUUUUCUAAUUUUUAUGUUGAAAUUGUCACUCAAUUUAAUGUCAAAUUACGUAUUUUGCGGACUGAUAAUGCCCAAGAAUAUAUUUCUCAUCAAUUUACGCAUUUUACUGAAACUCAUGGCAUUAUUCAUCAAACUGCUUGUGUAACCACUCUUCAACAAAAUGGGGUUGCUGAGCGGAAAAAUGGACCGAUUUUAGCAGUUGCUCGAGCUCUUAGGCUUCACAUGCAUGUUCCAAAACAUUCUUUGGGGUAUGCAGUUCUUACAGCUAAUUAUCUGAUAAAUAGAAUGCCAUCUCGGGCUUUGAACGGAAAAACUCCUUACCAAAUUCUCUUUCCUAACAAGGAUCUUUUUUCUCUACCCCCAAAACUUUUUGGUUGUGUUUCAUUCGUACAUAAUUUCUCUCCAGGUCGUGAUAAGCUUGAUCCUCGUUCUUAUAAAUGUAUAUUUCUUGGUUACUCUCGGACAUAGAAAGUAUACAGGUGUUAUAGUCCCUUGCUACGUAAGCACUUUGUAAGUGCUGACGUGACAUUCUUUGAGACCGUCCCAUAUUAUUCCCCACCAGGUGCACGAUUACAGCCACUCAUGUUGGCUGAUCUUGGUCUGUCACCUUGUCUUCUCGAGAUUGCUCCUCAACCACCCAUUACACCGGUCCGUCCUCCCGAGACUGCCCCUCGACCACCCAUUAAACAGGUCUAUGUUCGUCUUCGUCGCUCUUCCGCCGCCGCACCACCCAUUGCUCCUGCAGACCCAACUUCUUUACCCACAUCAUCUCCUUCACCAUCUGAGGAUCCGGAUCUUGACUUGCCUAUUGCCGUUCGUAAUGGUAACCACAACGGGGCGUUCGCUGAUUGGAAGAAAUGUUAUAGCGAACAACAGAAGAAAUUAAGUCCCUUAGUCCGUGAUAAUUGUGGGGAAGGAGCUAGAUGUACUGGAACUACAUGUGAUAAGAAACAUCUCAUUGUGACAUUUCUAAUUACAGAUUCUGGGACACUUAAGUUUCCUUCUAUUAACAGCCAUUCAGACCUUGACAUGGCUUUGGACUCCUUGGAAUACAUCCUGUACGACAUAGUUUUGGCUGGAAAGGUGUGGUGGGCUUCUCGACAUGACACUAAAGACUUGUCAUAUUUGUGACGUCUACGAAAUUGAUGUAAUCUUUGUUUGUAGUUGUUUCAAAUUUGUUUGAUGGAUUUGAUACGUGGCUCCGUAAUCACAGUUUUACAGUGCAAUCGUUA